AUGGUCGCCAUCACGCCGGGUGCGAACAGACACCACAUGGGCCGGGAAAGUGCCAGCUCCCGUCAUGAGGAAAUCGAUCCCGUUGAUGAGACUACAGCUCUCCUGGGGUCUGGUACCGUGACAAAUGGCGAUGUACGCAAGUCCGAUCAACUAAGUGGAUCGCCAGAGUCGGAUGGUUACAUUUCCGACAAUGAAGAGGAGGAGAAGCCCCUGCCGAAGACCCAAGUCCUGCUACUGUGCUACGCUCGGCUGGUUGAGCCUUUGGCCUUCUUCUCCAUCUUUCCUUAUGUCAAUCAGAUGAUACAGGACAAUGGAGGCAUUGCAGAUUCCGAUGUUGGGUUCUACAGUGGACUCAUUGAAUCGCUCUUUUCCUUGACCCAAGCUAUUGUCAUGAUCUUUUGGGGUCGAAUGGCCGAUCGUCUCGGGCGCAAACCGGUCUUGGUCUUCUCAUUGAUCGGAGUAACUUUGGCCACGGGACUCUUUGGUAUGGCGAAGUCCAUUCCACAGAUGAUCAUGUUGAGGUGCCUUGCUGGCGUUUUCGCCGGAUCGAUCGUUACUAUUCGCACUAUGGUGGCUGAACACAGCACGACCAAGACUCAGGCGAGAGCUUUCAGCUGGUUCGCGUUCAGUGGGAACCUUGGUAUCUUCCUGGGGCCUUUGUUGGGCGGUUCUCUUGCCGAUCCGGUGACCCAGUACCCGGGUGUGUUUGGUGGUCGCUUCUUCGAGGACUACCCAUAUGCGCUCUCGAGUCUAGUGGUGGCGAUGGUGGGAGCUACCGCUGCACUUUCUACCGCUUUUUUCGUGCAGGAGACUUUGAAAAAGGAUUCGGCUACGGAUUCUGACGGGGAGGAGACGACAUCAAACGUGCCCACUCGAACGGGCGACCUCUCAACUUGGGAGCUUUCAAGUUCGCCAGGUGUGGCAGUAGUCCUCUACAUAUACGGGCACAUCAUGAUGCUCGCUUUCGCAUACACAGCCAUUGUCCCGGUCUGGUGGUUCACCCCCGUGCGCCUCGGAGGAUGCGGUUUCACGCCCCUGCAAAUCUCGCUGAUGAUGGGUCUCAACGGGGCCGCCCAAGCCAUGUGGCUCCUAUUCAUCUUCCCCAUCUUGCAGCGAAAGAUUGGAACUAAAGGGGUGAUCCGCGUCUGUGCUCUUGCCUAUCCGAUAUUCUUCCUAUGCUGUCCUCUUUCAAGCGCUCUUCUUCGGAUGGACACGGAUGUGUCCGUCAAGGCGUUCUGGGUGUUUGCUCCGACCACCUUGGCCAUUGGUUGUGGAGUGAGUAUGAGUUUCACCGCAAUUCAGCUAGCUAUCAAUGACAUCUCGCCCUCGCCAAGAGUCCUUGGCACAUUGAACGCCCUAGCCCUGACUGGUGUCAGUGGCCUGAGGGCUUUCUGUCCGGCACUCUUCACGACCCUCUUUGCUAUCGGGGCGAGGACACAGUUGUUGGGUGGCUAUGCUAUCUGGGUGCUGCUGGUCGCACUUGCUUCCGGAUUGUCUGUCACAGCGAGAUAUCUGCCAGAGCCCAAGAGACGCGCAAGCGCCGUGGUGUGA